GGCGUGUGCGUGAGGUGCAACUAGAGGACGACCAACUACAUCGGGCUCAGUGUCGGACAUUCGGCUCCUACAUCGCCGCUAGAACUUCACGAGAAGAGGAGAAGGAGGAAGAUUCAACCCACUGUAUUUGAUAUUGCAUUUAUUCGACGAUUUAGUACGUCCUAAAAUAUUAACCAUGAAGUUGUUGUGGGCUAUCAGUGCCCUUCUGUUGAGCUGUUGGCGAGCCAAUGCGUCCACAGCCCCAAACAUCAUUGCUGAUCCUCCUGAGGUCAGCAACCAGACCUCUGCGAUCCUGACCUGCAACUUGACAGAGUCCAACCUUCCCAUCAAGGGAUCUCUCUGGAUGCACAAUGGAAAACUCAUUGAAUCCACCAAGACAACUGAUUCUGCCUCUCACACAGCCCUUACUUUGGAUAAGAUCACCCACAGUUCUAGUGGAAAGUAUGAGUGUGUCUUCCUGACUGAACCAGAGGUGAAGAAGACAAUUGAAGUCAAAACACUCCCCCAUGUUUUUGCCUACAAGCACUCAGAGCAUGGCAAUGAAAAGGACAAAGGUGUGAUGGCCUGUGUGAGUCAUGGCUAUCCACUGCCCACUGACUGGACUUGGUUCAAAGAGGUAGAUGGCAUACAAACGCCUAUCAUCAAUGGAACUAGCGACAAAUAUGAGAUCAAGAGCACUCCUAAUAAGACCACUCUGACCGUUAAUGACCUGAGCAUGGAAAAUGACAUUGGAGACUAUGUCUGCUCUGGGACCAAUGAACUUGGCACAAACAGCGACAAGAUCCACCUGCGUGUCCGCAGUCGCUUGGCCGCUCUCUGGCCCUUCCUUGGCAUUGUGGCCGAAGUCAUUAUCCUGGUGACUAUCAUCUUCAUCUAUGAGAAGAGGAGAAAGCCCGAUGAGGUCAAUGACGAUGACGACUCAGGAUCUGCUCCUCUGAAGAGCAACUCUACUGCAAACCACAAAGACAAGAAUGUGAGGCAAAGGAAUUCUAACUAGAAGCUGAAAGAGAUGGACGGGCAGAUGUCAGUCCAGGAUUCAGCUGUUGUGUGGCACAUUAUACUGUGCACCCUGCAAUUUUAAGUACCUUUUUGUGCUUGGGUGUUAAUGUUUUAAGAAACAGAGUGACUUCCUCUUGUUUUGUUUUUCUUCUAUAUUCUUCUCCACAUUGUGCAGCCAGAGAACAUAGUGUGAAAUAAUUUCUGCUCAAGGCCCUGGGGCAAAUAUUGCAUGAGUUUAAAUGCUGUUCUAGAAAAGUGUGUGUUCGUUGUAAAAUCAUUAGAAUGUUUCACGUGAGGAAUGCUUAGUUUGUGGUUAUUUUCUGUUCACGCUGAUGCUUCCUACACUGACCACACAGUCGUCAGUCUGCUUUUAUAUUUUCCAACCUGGAAUGGUGACUAGUGAAGCAGCACAAGUUCUGUUUCAGAGGAUCUGAAACGUUUCUUUGAUUCUGAUAAAUCACUGCCAUUCUUACAGCAAUGACUGGAGUGCGUUUGAAUUCACGUUUGAUCUUUCCCUACACCACCACAAACCUCCUUUAGCAGAGUUCUAAACUUUGCCUUAACAAGCACCAUUUCUCUUUUGUCUUUUUGCAUUUUAUUAUCUGUUGUAAAUGUGACACUUAAAAUUAAAUGCAGAAAUGACAGAAAGAUUCAAUGUUUGCUAGGUUUUGUUGCCAUAAGAAAUUACAGUUUUAGUAGGAAAGCUUUUGUCCUUUAAAUCAUGCUAUUAUUUAAUCUUAACAUUCACAUAUUUAAAAUUCAAGUUUUAGUCACCAUUUUUUUUGUUGCCGAUGUCACAUCCACUGUAAAAAAAAAAAAAAAAAAAAAAUCUAUUAAGGACCAAGUGCAAGAGAUGUAACUUCUGUUGCUUCUGUGGAAUGCAACAUAAAUACUACGCACUGAUGUUUAAAGCUUCAGAUAAACAUUUAAUGAGAUGUUUCUUCUUUUUCACUCCAUGUGAUCUGAGAAAAAACAUUUUCUGUGCGAUUGUUGGACCCAUGUCUCUGUUCCCUCCACUGUGUAGAUGACUCAGAAGCCAUAUGUUCCAUUUAACCUGAGUAGUGUUGUGAUUGGAUGUUACCAUUUCAGAGUUCCACAAAUAAAAAGACCUAGCCAGAGUUGUGUAAAUUGUUGUACCUUCCAAGUACAUGGGAACACCAUCUAUUGUACAACUUGCACAAACUGAAUAAAGGUAUUCGAUUUUA